CCACUGAAUCUCGUUGUUUUGGACAUUUCCGUUACGAUACUACAGCCGUUGUACUGCUUGGAGUGUGAUCGAGAAUGAUUUCCUGAAAAUCAGACGAACACAAAGAUAAAAUAAAUAUAAGUACAAUGUUAUGUAUCCUUGGAAACGAUCAGACGACUGGAUGCUCAUGGUCCACGGGUUAGACGAACCUUUUCGUUUUAAACGAAUAUUUAAUAAUGAAGAUACACAGAUUAAACGUUACCAAGGAAAUUACCAAAUAGACAACAUAUCAGUGACAGGCAGGGAGGACAUCAAUGGAACAACUGGAAAUGGUUCUAUAUUAGAUAGGCCUUCCAGUCACGUUCCACUCUCUGUAACUAUAAUAGCACCCCUGGCUGGGGUCUGCCUUAUCCCGUUCAUCAUUUUCAUCACUGUGCAGUACUGUCGACGGCGUAAUUACGAUGCCAAAACAGAGUACUUCAUCUACCACAAGCCAAUGAAACUCAACCCGCCCAUCGCAUUCACAAUUCCGAAGACCAAUCCAUCUACAAGGGAUGCAACUAGAGUUAAAACGAAAUCGUUCUUUGGACCACCACUUCCUGCGCAGCAAUCGAAUGAAAGUUUUAGCAGCGGAAACCUUUCAGACUCAACUACCGAGUCUUUUUUUCAAAUGACGUCUACGCCUACACGUCAACUUAGCGUUCAGACGAAUCCUGUGCAGUAUGGAAUUAACCCUGUUGUGUAUCAAAUUACAUCCGACGAAGAUCAGUCGAAAAUCCCGUCAAAGUACGGUCGUGGAAAGCUGCAGUUUUCUGUGUCGUACGCUCCGGUAGAAAGUCAACUGACGUUUUUCCUUUCACAGGUAAUUCAACUGCCUGCGACAAACAUGCGCGGUACCACAGAUUCGUAUGUACAGGUGAAUUUGAUUCCAAAUACGCACCGGCUAACGUACAAGUCCCGUAUGAAACGCGACACUUUAUCGCCUCAGUUCCGUCAGUACUUUACGUUCAUUGUUCCGGUGUCGGCAGUGCAGGCUAUGGCCGUGCGGUUUAUAGUUUUUCAAUGCGAUGAAAAUUCCCGUGCAAAUUCCGUUGGUGAAGUCCUCUAUCCGCUGCGAACAUUUGAUCCAAACUCCAGUGAAAAAUUUGAACCAGUAUGGAUGGACAUCCACCAGGACGAGCUGUUGAGAGAUUUUAAACAAGGAGAGUUGUUUUUGUCUUUAACGUAUCUACCAAAUGCAAGUCGUCUAAAUGUGGUUAUUCUGCGUUCCAAGAAUUUAAAACUUCAUAACGAUAUGAAAUCGUGCCAAUGUCAUCCGAAGUCUCGUUCUAUUAACAAAGGCAAAUGUGGUUUGUACGUGAAAUUAUCUAUGAUUAAAGCGAAGAAAUGUUGCAAAACUCGUCAGACGUCUGUGAAGACAUGUCAUCUACAUCCAGUAUUCAAUCAAGCUUUUUCAAUGGAUUUGAAAGCAAGCGAAUUGGAGCAUGCAUACAUCGUCCUUGCCGUAUGCCACAGCAUGCGCGCGCAUGGUGUCGUAGGUAGAACCGUGAUUGGACCAUUCGUAUAUUCCACUGGUGAUGGCGCUGAACACUGGAACGAUAUGCUUGAAGCACCAAGAAGCGCGGUCCCUCAUUGGCACACGUUAUUCUAAAGUAAACCUAAACCAACAAUAAUUUGUGUGUCCUUUACAUGUGAUUAAUGUUAAUGUAUUAUAUCUAUGUAUUAGCGAAUGAUUUAAAUCAACUACCUUUUUUAUGGAAUAGAGUAUGCAAACAGAUGUAGACCUUAAGUUUCUUGAUUUGUUAAAAACAUUUGCAGAAAAACAAACCUUUUAGGAGACUUCUUGGUUUUUUUUACACAAACAUUUAUUUGAAUAUCACAACACACUAAAAAUGAAAUGUCAUAUAUAACAAUAAACACAAUAAUUUAUGUAACAUUCUUGAGAAUGUAGACAUAACUGUGUUCGUUAGCCAAUAUUUCAAGGUUAUAGGACAAGUUCCCACAAAACCUGAACAAUUUUGCAAAAAAAACCAAAUGUAUUUAUUAAUGUUCUAUGGUAGCGUAACUCGUUGCACAUAACAUAGUACAGAAACUUUCCCUGAUAUGAUAAUAAAUCCAAUAAAACCUCAACAUUAUUAACUGAUUUUCCUAGAAUUAUCAACUUGCAGAGUUGUUUAGGUUUUGCUAAAAAAAUGUCAAGAAUAUCUGGAUAAAUAUAUUGCACAUUCUAUAUUUAUGAGAAUGCAAAUUUAAGUACUACUACAAUUUGGUUGUUAAAUAAUUGGAAGAUUAUGUAACUCUUAAUUAUAAAUACAGUACAUUUACAGUAAGUACAUAAAAUAGUUAAGCAAAAGUUUCGAAUAAUGUAAACAUGAUUCAAUCUGUGACAAAAGAGUAAUAAAAUAAUGUUCACUUAGUAGAAUAUUCCUCAUUAAAAAAAAAACUUGCAGCAUUGACUGAUGUUACUGUAUUGUCCACUGAUCAUUUGACCUAGCCCCACUCCCAUGAUUUUUCAUAUGGACCAUUCCAAUAAGCCCAGCUUUGACAUACAUAAAUAUGUGUGUGGUACAUGGAAUGUUUCCCUUUGGUAGGUUUACCGAAAAUGCUAAUUAUUACUGACAGACUAGAUUCAAAGUGCAUUCUUGAUGGUAAUCCUGAUAAACAUGUUGCUAAAAAAA